GCUUCAAAUUACGAAUUCAAGGUGAUUUCUUUGCUUCAUUGUUCUCCAUGUCACGAAUUAUGGAGGCUUGAGGACGCAUUUUUACUUAGCACAUUAUAUACUGCAAUAUUUCAUCUCAGAUUUCAUUCACUUUUGCCUUCUGUGAUCACCAACACACAUAGACAUAUAUAAAGUAUGCACAAGGUGAGAACAUUGUUUACCGCCACACGACUACACUGUGCAGACUUGGUAAAAAGGAAUAAUAAUGAUAAUAAUCAAGUUUCCAGGAAUCUUCAAGAUCUGUUUACAAAUCCACAAAUUCAUAAUCUUUUACGCCUGAUCACUCACACAGAUACAGAUGCAGUUCAUCAAAAAACUCAUAAAAAGUUUGGAAAGGAGAAUAUUAAACUCCUGAGUGAUGCUGAGCUGAAUAUAGUCAAAAAAUAUACUUCAGUAUAUACAGAACAAAAAUUACAAAUGCCACCAGUGUUACAACCAAGGCGUAUUGUAGACGACCAGAUCAUAUCACAAGAUAAUGGUCUUCAAGGUCUACUACCUGGGAAUAUUAAACUGGUUUUCACAGAUACAACUUUGAAACGUAAUAGAAAAAAUCGUCUUAUUGUUGUCAGAGAGUCGAAUGGUACUCUAAGGCAUGCAAAUGCUUGUGAACGUGAUCGUAUUAAUCAAGUGUAUUUUCCUCUUUCUGGUCGAAGGUUGUAUAUUCCUUUAAUGUUUGAAGAUAAACAGUUAAAUGCACUUCUAGAUCAAGGUUCUUUCUUGUAUAUUUUGGAUAGAACAUGUGUACAAUUCGAGCCAGAUGAUCCUAAUUUCAGCAGAAUCUGUCAUCGUGUUUAUGAUCGUGUCAAUGAAUUAGCUUGGACUCCGCUUACCAAUACCAAUCAAUUAUCGGCUAACUGUCAGGUGAAUCCAUUGCUGUUACUACGACAUACACGUUACUAUGGUCCCUUAGCCUUAUAUAUGAUUGCUUCAUUGGGAUCUUCUGGGCCUCUUGUUUACGAGGCACUUGCUCAUCGACAUUAUGAUCGUUUAGGCUGGUUGUUACGUUUAAUUUGUCUCCUUCGACCUUCUAGUCCUUUUGCUGUUCAAAUGAAAUCAAGAGUAGAUUUAAUCCCUCCAGAAAUAGUGAAUGCUUUGGAUUAUUGUUCAGGUUCUUAUAAAUUCAAUAUGACUCCAUCUGAAAUUAAUGACCUACUUGAAUAUGUCGAGCUUUUCAUCAAAGUAGAACCAUUGGGUGAGAAUAAACAAUCCAUACUCUAUGACUGCCUCCAACAAGUUCGUGAAAGUUGUGCUGUCGGAGAAGAAAUCUGUCAGGAAUCUUAAAAUUCCCAGUAUGCUUUGUAUAGAUAUUAGUUUUGUUGUUAUCCAUGAUGAUGAUGAUGGUGAUGGUGAUGAAGGACAAAAAUAAACGAAUCAAUUUUGUACUUCAAGUUAAAUAAAGCAUUUAACGAAACAGUUUCUCAUCUUUUCCUCUAUUGUGUGUGUGUGUGUGUGCGUGUGUAUUCUGUGUCUG